AUGGCCUACAGUGAUGACUAUCAGUGGCCCUACAACAACUUUUUAUACCAGGUGAAGCUCGCAAAACCAGCAUCCACUUCGAUAUUCCCAGGUACGCAGCCUGGUACAAGCAAAGCGCCUCCUGAAGGCGUAUCUGUUCUGGUCCUCAAACUCAGCAAUCUCAGAGCCUCUGGAAUGAAUAAUACCAACCGCGUGGAGAAUGACAUAGCAGUGCAGAGCCUUGUCCGUCAGUCCAUGGUACAAGCCAAGAUCGCUUCAUUGGUUCCUGCUAUCUAUGCCUGGGCGCCAGCUACCUCUACAGAUGCAAAUGCGGAUGAAAGUUGCUACGGAUGGACAAUGUCGGAGCUCAUGCGUGGCAUAGACCUGGACUUGGAGUUCGCGUCUCUGAAAUUUACAGACAAGGUUAUAGUCCUCGGCCAGAUCGCUGCUGCUUUUUCUGCCAUCCAGGCGGCAAGACUACCAGAAGGAGUGACAGGGUUUGGCGGUCUUACAUUUAACUCCAGUGGAGAAAUCGUCAGUGGAGAAGCAGCUUUCCUUAAAUCGAGUCCUCAGGAUUCGUAUACUGGAUGGAAGCAAGCCAAAAUAAUGAUGGAACUCCAAGAGGCGGCAAAAAGUUCAUUGGCUCAGGGCUGGAAGUGCAAUGGGGUAGGCGCAAGAGUCGAUCAAUUUUUAAGCACCGGUGGCCUGGAGAAACUUCUCAGUGGUGUUGACAUUAAUCAUAGGAUUUUAAUACACGGAGACCUCACCUUGAAUAACAUGCUGUUCGACAAAGAAACAAAGAAAAUUACAGCCAUACUGGACUAUGACUGGUCUUUUGUCUCUAAUCCCUUUGAUGAGUUCAACUCACUCCUCUACGACAUUGGCUGCAAUAUAACUCAUCCAGAUACUGCCUUCAACAAAGCCAAGUUGUCAGGCGACUUUACCAAGCCACUUGACAAAUUAGACGAGGAUUCCAAGGAGACAUGGGAAAUGGCCAAAACAUGGAAUGCCGCAAUGGCAAAACAUGGUGUGGUCACGCCGAGAGAAAUAAAGGGCGUUGAGAAGAUCCAUGCUGUGCUACGGUUACAAAGUCUCAUCUGCCCGUACCCGCUAUGUAGUGAAUCGGCCCUUGAAAAGAUGGACGAUGCACAGAAGGCCGAGCUAAGAGCGAAAGCAGAAACUGAUCUUCUUCGAUGGUUAAACGAACAUGGAUUCUAA